AUGGACAAGGAGCAUGAAGAGGCGGGCACUUUUGACGUUAAAUCGAAGCUCGCCAUGCUCUUGGGUAGUGGUAAGGAGAUGAUCACUUCCACCUCAAUGGGGGACGUUGGCAAGCUGCUCAUUGCCGCGGUAAAGACGCCGAGCGUGGAAUCGCCGCGCGUUUUAAAAGUACACUCGUUCAUAAUGACGCCCAAGAAGAUCUUGUCCAGGUUCGAGAAACAGAAAAGGAGCACAUUGGACGUCAGCUACACUAACUUAGUGCAGUUAAAGCAGCUAGAAAAGCAAGCUUGGGAGACUCAGAACCCGCUUGCUGCAGUAUAUACACUCCGACGGAUAUGUUCUAAAGGUGGCACCUUCUACCAGGCCAUGGAAAAGGCCAAGGUUAGCGAUCCCCAGAUAGAGACGCGUAAAGAGUAA